AUGAUUUUAGGAGCCGACGGUGAGAAAAUGUCAAAAUCGCGAGGCAACGUUAUUAACCCCAAUGAGUUGGUGGAGAAAUACGGAGCCGACGCUUUGCUUCACAACUUUUUUGUUGACUACCGCGAAGCCGUUCUCACUGGCAUUCGUAAUCAGGAGAUAGAAGCCGCUCAUUACGAAAUGGUUGUAAAAGUAAACAUUUGUUAUGAAAAUAUUAAAUUGAAUUUAGUGGUUUCUUCGCUCAUGGAAUUUAUUAACAAGUGCUAUCAAGCCGAGACGAAGUUCAUGCCUACUGAAUGUUUUUUGGAUUUUCUUAAAUUAUUAAACCCUCUUGCCCCCCAUAUUGCCGAGGAAAUCAAAAGCCCUUGGCCUCACCCCGAAAAAUUGCCGGUAACCGCUCCUCAAAAAGCAAAGAUCGUAAUCCAAAUUAACGGUCAAAAAAAAGUUAUAAUUUCAGCCCCAAAAGACCUCAAUCAAAAAGAAGUGGAAGAAUUAGCCAAAAAUGACCCCCAAUUAAGUAAAUUAUUGGUAGGACAAACGAUCAACAAAGUAAUUUUUAUAAGCAAUAAAUUGAUUAACUUUGUUAUCAAUUAA